AAAUAUGAAAUUGUGACGUCACUGUUCACCUUAUUUGAAUAUAAGGAAAACCAAAACUUCUAAAAAACGCGACAUUUAGAAGUCAUUUUUAUUAGAUUUGGUGUUGCUUUUUUGCAGAUUUCGUUUACAAAUCACUGUAAAUCAGUUUAAAACGUAGCUAUACUUAGCAUGCAUCAUCCAAACCAAGUUAGACCUACCGUGCCUGUAUUUAGAAGGCAGAAUACUGCCAACAGUGACCGUGGAGGUUACAUAAAUUACAACCAAAGCAAAAACAGCGCGCAAAAUAACAAGACAACUUAUGAAAAAUGGCACCCACCGACGCAGCACCGAAACAAAGGGGAUCCCUCGCAACCGACAAUAAAUUACCAUCAACAAAGUGCAGCCUCACACCAACAGCAACUGGGCUACCAACCACCACAAAAGAAAAUAGCUCAUCAAACUAAUUACGAACCAGCGCCACAGCGAUCAUAUCACCCACAAAGUUACACACAUGGAGCCCAAGACAGUUACGGCCACAAUCCGUCAGAUGGUUACAGCAUUUACCCAACACCCAACGAAAAUUACCCUUCUGCUAUACAGUCUUAUGGCUACUCAGGUGCUACGUAUGACCCUAGACACCAAAACCCAUAUAUACAACAUAACAGUCAGUGGCAACCGACACAGUCUGUGCCUUUAUACGACGACUCGAUUGGUUAUGGAGCAAGAAAUACAGAGCAACCGACAGAUUACCAAAACCAAGCUCCACCAAGACAGGAUUAUAAUAAACACGGUUUUUCAACCCAAGCUCCAAAUAAACCACAAACUGAACAACAAAACCAGCAAUAUUACACACAACAAGUCGACCAAAAAGCCAAGGAAAACGAAGAGGCGACGGAAAUGCGGAAAGUAAAGAAAAUAAGCCCCAAGAAAGUGUUUCUCUCAGUAAACGUUCAUGGUUUGAAAAGAUGGUCAAGUUAUAAAGAACAUUACUUGCCCACGUUCGAAAUUAUUGGUACGGUGGCUGCUGAGGUGACGGAUAACAACCAGCAGGGGAAAAGUUUUAUCUUGAAAGACGGCCAAGGGGGAAUAGUUGAAUGCUCGUAUUUUGAGACUUCGGAAUUUGACUUUGUUUACCUUCAGCGUGGAAAGCGUUACCGGUGCGUUGGUUGUUUUGACGCACGUAGCGAGGUCUUGCGUUGUGCGUGCGUUAGUGAAGCGACGGAAGAGCAAACACAAAUGUACCGAAAGUCGGUUGCAACCAGCAACAAAGCGAUGAAAAUCAAUCUUGAAAAGUUAGACCUGACAGAUGUCGACCAAAAGUUGUCUACGGAAUAACUGGUUCAAUUCCGUUUGUUUGAUAAUUAACAAGUUUUCCAAAAAAAGUAGUGCUGAGUAAGAUGAAACACAGAUAUAGCGGGGUGGGGUAAGAUAAUCUAGAAUUUUAUUCUAUUUUAUCGUCCCAUUUGCAGUACAAAAGAUUCAAUAUUUUAUUGGACAAUUAUAUAUAACCGCAUCAUACCUACCCUAAAACACGUGACAUAAUGGAAUAUUACGUUGUAACCACAUUCCCGUCUUACCCCACACUAAUAAGCUAUAUACAUACUGUAUAAAAAAAACAGAAAGAAAUGAAUUCCAGAUAAGGUUGUGUGUAAC